AUGAGUGACGGCCACCCUCCAAGAAAGAAGUCACGGUUCUUCGCCGAAGGCAAGGGCAUGUUCAGAUCACUUAUGCAGCGCCAUUCAUCGAAGCAUUCCAGUGGCAGUGAUGGUGAAGAUACCACUCCACUGCAGUCAUCGCAUCCUCGACCCGAUCAGGCUUCGGGACGCGAGCGACCGCCCCUACUGGACUUCAGCAGCUCCGUAAGCUCAACACCCGUAGGAGUGUUUGGUCAAACCCUUACCCUGACUGCGACCGCGUUCAAAGAGCUUUCUGUGGAAGAGAAGGAAUACCGUCGUAAAGGAAUCUAUGGCGCCCAGAGCCUUCUUGUCCCAGCCAACAUCAAAGACGGGACGACCAUCGCUAAUACUUACCGACAAGAUCACGGUUUCGAGAACCCGGCGGCCAAUGUCGGUGCCGUCCUUCCGUGGCAGCGAGGCAAUAUCUUUCAACAAUCUGAGCAGCGUCAAGUUUCACUGGUCAAUGUAAGUCUUGACGCCAUCCAGCAGUCGCAAUUCACCUUUCAAGCUCCGUUACAACCUACGAAUUCGAGCUUGCCUCUUGCCGUCAAUUCAUUCGCCCAAGGAAGGCCUUCACUAGGCUAUAGUCAGACUCAGGCUACGCGUAUGGCGGGCUUUCAACCUCCAGUGCACGACUAUCAAGCCAGUCCCCUUCACACCCCAAGUGCAGCCCGUGAAUUGACUGUUCAAAAGCAGAGACUCGCCGUUCCUCCUAGCCCGAAGAUCGCAAACUUCCCACCCAUCCCUGCACCAUCGGUGCAUGAUGAUGUGCCAAACGCUCACCCUCUGAUCGCCACUAUGGGAGCCGUUGAUCUGGACCGUGAUGUUCGAGGGCAUCGUAUUCAGCAACAUGUUUCCGGAUUUACGAACCUUCCACAACAUGCAGCCACGAGCUCAGCCCUCAACGCUGCCCGACAGGCGUCAAAUCAGGCGACUACAGCAUUCCCGGAUGUCCCAGAAAACGCCCUCACCUCCCCAAACCGCUUGGAGCGAGCCAACAAAUACGCAGGCCGCAAGCGCAAGAGAGGCGGUGUGAUCCUGCCACCACCAGCAUACGUGUUCACGCGGAAAAAUGACCCAAAAUUCAACAUCUUCCACGGCAUCCUUCUCUAUCCAGAAUUGUGCUUCUCUUUGGCUGCGCAUCUCGCCAUUGAGGAUCUCAUAUCGUUGUACGCCAUCAGCAAAGACUUCCACACCAUCAUUGACACUCGCUUCACCACUGUCAUCCUAUCUCAGGCCAUCAGAAAAGCUCCAAGCUCGAGUCGCAUCUUUCCGUUCCGCUCCUUUGGCCACCUGUGUCGCACGGAUCCGGCCGCCCGUAUCGCUCACCCGGAUCCAGUCAAGGCGGCCCAAGGUAUCGUGCGACGUAUCCCCAGCUUCAAGUGGCUCCGCAUGAUCUUGCAUCGGGACAAAACAGUGCACGCGAUCAUGGCGCUCUUCGCCGAGAAAGGCAUUCCCCUACCAAGACGAUGUGAGCUAGCCAUCAAAAAGGUCUGGUUCAUGCUGGAUAUCCCCGAUAACGCGCGCCGAAUCGGGUUCGUGCACAACAAGAAGUUGUUGACCGAUGCCGACCUCUACUUUGCAGUGUGCUUCUGCGUCAAGCUGGAUAUGCUGUUUCACGACCCCGUCGCGCCGAACAAGUUCUCUGAGGGCCGCCGUUUGAUCUUGAGCCAACGUUCCUUGACCAUGUUGCUCCGCGUGCUUCAAGGCGAAGCGUUGUCUACUCGUUGGGACAUGCUGCAAGAAUACAUAACAUGGAGAUACGAACCUGGAACUGAGGAGGAGGUCGACGAGAAUGAUACGCUUUUUGGAGUGCCUAGACAGAAGUGGGGUGUCAUGAAGAAGGAGUAUUGGGGUGACAAGAAGCCUACAUUUGAGAAUGGCAGGACAUCGAAAGCUCCGUCUCUGCUGCUGCGUCCAGACCAGCUUGUCCUCAGAGAAGCUAUUAAGCGAGGACUCCGGUUUGCAGGUCACUAUGUCAAGUUCAUGCAGUAUGGAUAUAUCCACCCGAAGACUUUGGAGAAUUUCGAGCCACGAGGCUUGACACGUCGGAUCGAGGACUACAAGGAAGACGAGUAUACCAUGGACGACGCCGUUGCUGGUGUGAGGGCACUAGCGGUCGAGGAAGGUGGUGAUCCAUAUCUGGACUUGGGUCGACCUGGUAACGCGAGCGCGAAGGUGAUGAAACGUGAGGAGAUCAGUCGUGCAGAGCGAGACCAUAGAGAGAAGGAGGCUAGCUUCAUUGCGCAGAUGUAUGCAGAGAGUCUCCAAGAGCGGCGGGCUCUGGGGCUCAGAUAA